CGCUCUGAACGCUUCAUGUUGUGCAAGAAACAAUGCAAUUGAAGCUGAGCGGUCAGAUAAUUAUUUUCGGGAGAAUUAAUGAGUACUAAGUAUGAGUGAUAGAUGUUGAUUUGGUAUGUGUUUUUAUGAUAGACACACAUGACAAACCGGCUGAUUGACAGAAUCUGCCCCAUGAGAAGAAAACAGCAAUAUAGAAAUUGGUAAUGUUAUACCAGAAAGAAGCAUAAGAGAAGGAAAUGAUCAUCAUCACAGAGUAAACAGCGGAAGAAUAAGGGGGAAGAUAAAAUAAAGAAAUAAAGGCAUAUAGAAUUAAAGAAGGACUACGGACGAAUUUUGGUGCGACUGCCGGAGGAAAACUUGGAGACAGGGAGGAGGAGAAGAGAGAAAGCGGAGAAAUACGGGAGAGAGGUCUCAGGUUGGCAGUUGUUGCUGCUCCGCCAUGCAACAUGAGUAACGACAGUAACGGAGUCGGAGGGCUUCAGCCCUUCUGGAACUUCAAUGGGUCAUCAGUCAACCAAUCAGCUGAGCUGUUCUCCAACACCUCAUGCAACACAUCCACUAAUGAUUCAACAUACUGCUCUCCUGCGGACGAUGGAGUGGGGACAGGAAGCCCAUAUAAAGCUUUAGAGAUGUUUUUUAUUGCCUUGGUUACAGGAUCUCUGAGCUUUGUGACUGUCACAGGAAAUAUUUUAGUAAUGCUUUCUAUCAAAGUGAACCGCCACCUACAAACUGUCAAUAACUAUUUCCUGUUUUCAUUAGCAUGCGCUGAUUUGAUCAUUGGUGUUUUCAGCAUGAAUUUGUACACAGUCUACAUCAUUGUUGGCUACUGGCCCCUCGGGCCAGUGGUCUGUGACUUGUGGCUAGCUUUAGAUUAUGUUGUCUCAAACGCCUCAGUGAUGAAUUUAUUGAUCAUCAGCUUUGAUCGUUAUUUCUGUGUGACUAAACCCCUAACGUAUCCAACAAGAAGGACAACUAAGAUGGCAGGUUUAAUGAUUGCUGCAGCAUGGAUCAUGUCGUUUAUUUUGUGGGCUCCUGCCAUCUUGUUCUGGCAGUUCAUUGUUGGACAGCGAACAGUGCCACCUGGAGAGUGUUAUAUUCAGUUCCUUUCUAACCCUGCAGUGACAUUUGGGACAGCUAUAGCAGCAUUCUAUCUUCCUGUCAUUAUUAUGACAGUCCUGUACAUCCACAUCUCCCUGGCCUCCAGGAGCAGGGUUUCCAAACACAAACCAGAGAAGAAAGAGAAGAAGGGAGUAAAAACUCCCAGCUUGAUAAAGAGUCACCUGUUAAAGCAGAACAAUAACAAUGAGACCAGUCCUCAGGCCAGUCCCCGAUCUACUCCCAAACUCAGUCUGGACUCAACUACCACCGCGCUGGAGGCUGUGAAGAAUGGCAGAGUGGAGGAACCAAAGCAAGUUCAGCCUCAACCUCCAGUACAGCCCAGUCCAGGACUCACACAGGAGAAAGAAAGCUCCAACGAUUCGUCCACAGCUUUUAUUCCCCCCACAGAACUGAAGGACAACACCAAUAACAAGGUGAUAUCUGAGGCUGCAACAAAUCCCAACUCCGUUGCCAUGGCAACAGCCAAUCCUGCAGAGCCCAAGAUGAACUCCACUUCGAAGUGGUCCAAAAUAAAGAUUGUAACAAAGCAGACCGGGGACGAAUGCAUCACAGCUAUAGAGAUUGUCCCUCCUGUAGAGGGAGCCGAGAGGCAUUCAAUCCCAAUCAGCCGUCCAAGGACUGUGGCGAGAAAGUUUGCAAGCAUUGCUAGAAGUCAAGUGAAGAGGAAAAGACAGAUGGCUGCGAGAGAAAAGAAAGUGACCAAGACUAUCUUCGCCAUCCUGCUGGCUUUCAUCAUCACAUGGACACCGUAUAAUGUCAUGGUGUUGAUCUCAACCUUCUGCCAAUCCUGUGUCCCUGACACUGUGUGGGCUAUUGGCUACUGGCUGUGUUAUGUCAACUCGACUAUCAACCCAGCUUGUUACGCAUUGUGCAACGCCACAUUCAAAAAGACAUUCAAGAACCUGCUGCUGUGCCAGUAUAAAAAUAUAGGUACAAGAUGAGAUGGAAGGAGAAGACUAAGGGUGGGUUGGAUGGGGAAGGGGAAAACCACUGCAAGACCGGGGGACAGAGGAAUAGAGGGAGGGAAUAUUGUUGAAAGGUGAGGGACAGAGGGCUACAGGAGCAGGAGAAGAGAAGUGGAUGACAUAAUUUAGUUGAAGGGUUCUUUCUAAAGAGAAGAGACAUCUGCAGGAGAUGAGCAAUCAUGGUUGUGCAAAUCAAUGCCAGUCAUAUCUAUUGGUACAUUUAGACUCCGAGCAAAAUCUAAACCAGGGAUUCCUUAACCUGCCCAGCUUCCCCUAACAUAGAACAUAUCACACACUGAGUGGAAACAUGGUUUCCCGAACAUAGGGAAAAUAACUUCAGUGGUGGAACAGGUGGAAUGUGUGAUGUGAGCAGGGAAGAUAGCAAUAAAAGUUGAGGGAGAAGGAAAUGCAGGAAAAAUAACAACUGAAUUGAGGUAUGAAUUGAUGGAGUAAUACAUUAAAAUGACAGUACUAAUCACAGUGUAAAACAUAGAGGUACAAUACUGCUACAUGCAAGGUUGAAGAGGUAGUCUUACUGGAAAGAUGAAUGAAUGGAUGGAUGGAUGGUCAGAUGGAUGAUAGGAGGUUGCAAAAGGGUACUCAAAUAAAGCAAUGAAAGCUUGCAUAUGGUUAUCUGUUACCGAAAGACAAGGUUGGGGUAAGACAUAAUCAGGUGGUCACUAACAAAUUUUAGGGGAAGGAUAAAUGUUUUUAUCAAUUGUUAAGGUAGAUCUGACCAGGUAGAACACUCCAUUGUGACUGUCAAAAAGGCAUGAUUGUCUUAUCACUGCUCUAAAUACUCACGUGGAAGGCUACUGGCUCCAGAUAUUGUCAGGGUAAUAUCUCUUAAAUUGUGUGUUAAUAAAAUGAUUCUUCAAAGGUUGACAGAGAUAGCACCAACACAAAGUAUGCACAAUACAAUCAUUUGAUCACAGAAAAGUGUUAGAACAAAUCAGUUCCACCUAUGGUUAUUAAAAAAUGUAAAAAAUAAUAAUACUGCUAAUUAGUGCUGUCAGUUAAAGGAGUUAUUAAUGGCGUUAACGCAAACCCAUUUUAACGGUGUCAAUUUUUUUAUCGCGAGAUUAACGUUCUUUUUGGCCUAGCACAUUUUGAAGUUUUUUUCACAUGCUGCUGCAACAACUAGUAACGUUAGAAAAACUACAACACCACACAGGAUCUAGCUAGACCGGAAACAAAACAACAGGCACGCCGCACACACUUGUUAAAGAGUAUUAGAACGUUACGUUUUGAGUGGAUGGCGAGCGCGAGACGCCGAAAUGGAUGCCAAUAAUAUUCUGAAUGGAAAGUUUACUUUUAAAAAGUUGCCAAAUGGUUCCACUGACAAGACCAAAGUGAUCUGUGUGUUUUGUCGCUGUGAACUGAGCUAAAGUUAUCAUCGCAGCACAUCCAGUCUGAAAUACCACUUGAUGGCCAAGCACACAGCUGAUGCGAAUUCUCUGCCCCCUCGUCAAAGCCAGGCGACAAUGGAUGAUUUUUACAUAAAAACAACAUUUGCACAAAGCAAGCUGAUCCACUUUUCCAUGUUGAUAAGAGCAUUAAAAUGAGAAAAAAUAAUGGGACAAAAAGAAAACAAGGGACAUUUAGGAUAGAUAAAAAGGUGCGAUUAAUUGCGAUUAAUUGCGAGUUAACUAUGACAUUAAUGCGAUUAAUCGCGAUUAAAUAUUUUAAUCGUUUGACAGCACUACUGCUAAUAUAUAAGCAUUCGUGAGAAAGCACUGUGAAGCCAGACAUUGUCUUGUGAAUUUGAGUGUCCUUGUCAUCCUUCUGGUUUCUAACAUAUGGACACAAUAUAAGGUUAUGGUAGUGAUCUCAACCUUCUGCCAGUCUUGUGUCACUGACACUGAGUAUUGGCUACAGGCUAUGUUAUGUCAACUUAACUACCAAUCAGGCUUGUUGCACACUGUAUAAUGCCACAUUCAAAAGGACCUUCAUGAACCUGCUCAAGGCUAUAAAAGUAUAAGUACAAGAUGAAAUGGAAGGAAAACACUGAGGGUGGGAUGGAUUUGGAUGGGGAAGAUCACUGCAGGAAUGAGUGACAGAGGGCUGAGGGAGCUGGAGAAUAGAAAUGGAUGACAGAAUUCAGUUGAAUUCAAUUUAUUUUUCAAUUCAAAUCAAUUCAAUUCAAUUCAAUUCAAUUCAAUUCAAGGAAUAAGGAAUAAGGAAUAACCUUAACCUGCCCAGUUUUCCCUAAAAUAGAACAAAUUACCAUGCUUCUGUCAGAUAUUAAAGAUGUGUUUCCAAUAUACACUGCAGGAGUUCAGAAAUAGAUUCAAACUGUAGAUGGCUACAGCGAUAAUCACAGCUACAGUCUGUCCCUAUCACAGCAACAAUCAGGAAACAGUAUAGAGAACUACUGUAAGCAAGCAUCCACUGAUUAUCUUUAAUUAGCUUCAGUGAUACAAACUUUUGGUUGAGCCAGCCCCACCCGAGGGUGAGCAUCCCCGCCGUGGGCACAACAAGUCAUUGUGAAUAAAUAUUAUACAUAAUUCAAUUCAAUUCAAUUCAAUUUUAUUUGUAUAGCGCCAAUUCAUAACAGAAGUUAUCUCAGGACACUUUUCAAAUAGAGCAGGUCUAGACCGAACUCUAAUGAUAAUCUAACUCUCUGAUAAUGUUAUAUCAUAAUGUAUCCAGGCUGUAUGCUACUAUUGACUUGAGUCCAGCAUUUUUUUUAUGAAUCAGCAGAACGCAUUUUGUAAUGUGAGGGAACGCAAAA